UUGGAGAGGACGCGCCAGUGAAACUGCAGACUCGACUCUUUUCUGGAGCUCCGGGAGACAUGGGAGAGUCGCCUGGAGGAGUGGGGGUGUUGCCACGCCCACUCAAACUGAUGCAGAUGAAGCAUGACAUGGCUGUAACAACUGAUCACAUCCGGGACAAACUAACCAAGGAGCUCGCUGCAGUGCACGUGGAUGUGGAGGAUACAUCACCGAACAGAUGUGCAGCCAGCUUCAAAGCCCUGGUGGUGUCAUCCCAGUUCGAGGGAAAACCACUGUUACAGAGACACAGGAUGGUGAAUACAUGCCUAGCGGAGGAGCUAAAAGAGAUCCACGCUUUUGAACAGAAGACCCUCACACCAGAACAGUGGGAGAAACAGAAGUCCCAAUGACACACACACACACACACACACACCAUCACCCUCACAUCAGUUUAUGAUGUCCACUAUAAACAGGCCUUAUAUACUCUUACAUGAAGAAAAGACAGAUGAGUACACUCUUUCAUCUUCUGUGAAUCUGGAAUGUGGAUUUCAAUCAAUUGGAAAGUUCUGCAAUAAAAGACUUUGAUGUGA